AUGAAAAUACUGCGACAUUUGAAUGAAACGGAAAAAAUCGUCAACUGUUACAUUGAACGAUACACGGAAAAAUUGAACUGGAAUUUGCCAGAAGACAAGGAUCCCAUACCGUUUACUGGUUUCGACCGAGAUAUGAAAAAACAGUUGUCAGAAAAAUAUCGACUGGCACCGUUAAUCAACAAUCGAAUUUUAUCGAUCCGAAGUAAUCUACCCAGUCGAGUCUAUCGCACUUAUGAGGUGCUGGCAUUCGAUAUGGAACCGGUCAGUCUGAGUCAGUAUGAUGCAAGUGAACCGGAUGAGAAGAAACUAGUAGAUACAAUUGUUCAGCUGAUACGCUUAGGAAUAUACUUGUCAGAAGAACCUAUGAAGGACCAAGAAGACUACGUGCCCGAACUGUUCAAAAUUAGGCUAACGGAAAUUCUGAAGCGACUGCGAGAAGAUCAUCCGGAAUUGGUUCCUCAACAAGGUACAAUCAUCACAUGA